AUAUGGUUUCCAGGGCUCCAGGUUCCCCAUUGCCCUCUUGCAUCUUCUGUAGCGGCCAGCAUGACCAAGGCCCCAGGAAUAUCGCUAUUACUGGGCCUGUGCUGGGCUUUGGCCAUUGCUCACCCGCUGGUCCCCCAGCUGCAGACAGGAACUGAAAGGGAAAAUGGAACAGAAUUGCACCAGGAUGAGAUUGGCCGUUGUUCUGAGGAUUGGGGUUUUGAUGCGGUAACCUUUGAUGACUCUGGGAACAUGAUUUUCUUCAAAGGUGAGUCUGUAUGGAAGAAUCACAACGGAUUCCGGGAGCUGAUCUCAGAAACCUGGCCAGAGGUUAAAGGCCCUGUGGAUGCUGCCUUCCGUCUGCACCACAAAGCCAGGCCUGAGCUCCAUGAUGGUGUACAUUUGAUCAAGGGUGAUCAGGUCUGGGUGUACAUCGCUGGGAAGCUGAAGUCUGGGUACCCGAAGCCCCUCCAGAAAGAAUUCCCUGGAAUCCCAGCCCCACUGGAUGCAACUGUGGAGUGUCACCCUGGGGAAUGCCAGGAAGAGGGGAUUCUCUUCUUCCAAGGUAAUGGGACAUGGUUCUUGGACCUGAGCACUGGAAAGGUGAAGAAACGGCCGUGGCAACACCUGAAAUGCUCUUCUGCCCUGCGCUGGCUUAGCCGCUAUUACUGCUUCCAGGGCAGCAAAUUCCUACGCUUUGACCCUGCGACAGGGGAAGUGCCCCAACAUUAUCCCCGUGAUGUCCAAGAUUACUUCAUGAUUUGCCCUGGGAGAGGCCAUGCACGGAGGAAUGGAUCUAUGACCCCUUGCAGACCGGAUUUAGUGUUCUCUGCUUUUGUUUCUGAUGACCAUGGCGCCACGUAUGGCUUUGUAGGUUCCAGUUACUGGCGUCUGGAUUCAAGGAGGGAUGGCUGGCAUAGCUGGCCCAUUGCACACCAUUGGCCAAAGGGACCCUCAAGUGUGGAUGCUGCCUUCUCUUGGGAGAAAAAGCUAUAUCUGAUUGAGGGCACCCAGAUCUACGUCUUCCUGACAAAUGGGGGCUACCGUCUAGUGGAUGGGUAUCCUCGGACGUUGCAAAAGGAACUGGGAAGCCCCUAUGAGAUCAACCUUGAUUCUGUGGAUGCUGCCUUCACCUGCCCUGGCUCAUCUCAGCUCCACAUUAUCUCUGGAAGACGGAUGUGGCAGCUUGACCUCACUCAGGGUGGACAGGCCCUAUGGACAGAGUCUUUCAUACCCCAUAACCAUGUGGAUGGGGCUUUGUGCAGACCUAAUGAGCUCUACUUGGUCACUGGCCCCAAUGCAUACCGUUACCGAGAUGUUGAGGAACUCAAGAUUGCCAAAACCCCUCCUCCACCUCGGAAUGUGACCUCCGGCUUCCUGGGCUGCAGACAAUGAGGAGGCUUGGUCAGGCUUUACUCAUCUUUAACAUCUGGUUCACCUUGGACCCUCCACAAAAACUAUGCUGUUAUAUAAUAAAACCUAGAAAUUGUUCUGAA